AUGGGCAACAGUCUACUCUUUAAGUGGGAAGAUUCAGAGGCGCUCAAACACCACUGCGGGUUCUGUGAGCGUCCCUUGAGCCAUCCCGGUGCCAGAGCGUCUUGUUUCGGCAAGCACAGCGAGCCAUGUGUCCGCUUCCACCAGGCUAUGUUCAUGCGCCUUCGGGGUCAUACAUGCAAGUACUGUAUGACAAUUGAUGAACAGCAUUACAGGCGCCAUCACGAUAUCACCGAGCGGUUACGUGCCGUCUACGAGAGUUGCGGGGAGGUCGAUUGGAACAUCGUACCAGAUGAAUUCGGGCCAGAGGAACGUGGAAGAGUGAGAGAACCCGGUGACGAGGACACACCAUUGUCGAAGCGCGAGAGAAAGGAUGCAAAGCGUCUUGUGAGAGCGGCCAGUAGAUCGAGAGUCAUCACUCUGGAGGAGAUCGGAUACAUCGACUCCGUCGUGCACUCCGCUGAAGGCACAACGAGCAACGACGCCGACGGACCGCGUAAUCCAGAAGAGGUCGAUGAGAUCGAAAGGCAGCUCCGAUACCACGCUCAUGUAUAUAGCACACAGGUCAACCGGAGGGGGCUUAGGAAGCUCGCGGAGGCUCACGAAGAUACGCCCGAUAUCGACUUCGAAGCCGAGAUGGAACGCAUCCUCGAGACCUUCCACAUCAACAAGCUACUCAAGCGCAACACGAAAACCAAGGGAUUGCAGGGGAAAGAGCUAAAGGCAUUUCUCAAUUUCGUCGACGGUUUGAAGCACGCCGUGCUUGAGGAUAUUGUGUUGGUCAACAAAGACAAUGCUGAGUCGCGCAUGCGGCGGGCUGGUUACCUCAGAUAUACUAACAAAACAUCCUACGGGAUUGUAGAAGAAAGGUAUACCGACAAGGACUGGAAGACUGGUGAGAAGUUCGCGUCCAGUUCGAAUGAUUUCAGUGGUGCCAUCACUCCUGUACAUGAAACCAGUUUACUUCCAAGCGAACAAUUCGAAGACCAGUCUCCUUGCCGGCCUAGAACUGCUCACAGCCCGGACCGAAGACAUCUUGAGAGUAGUCACAAGCGCGUUAGUGGCGAUGAUGGACUCUACGCUGCAGAUAUCGAGCCUUAUCAUACCCCACUACUAUCCUUGCCACAUGCUCCAGCUUCUGGUAUGCCAGCUGCCGCGAUCAUGGUGAUCAACAUUAAAGCUCCAGAGCGUGCACCAGAUCCAGUGCGUGGUCGCGCAGAGAAGCCUGUCAAGACAGCCUCCAAUGGCUGGAAGAUCGUUACGAACGGAGGUGUGCCAACAAAGCAGAUACCAAAGGCACGUGUUUGGGGUAAUAUCCCAAGCAAGCGCCCAGCUCAGGCUUCUCGACCUGGGCCAGCACCAUGGUUUUCUGACUCUCGCAACUUUCCCGAUAUCUCCGAUGCGAAAACGUCGUUCGAUGAUGCAUAUUCCCAAACUCGUGAGGUGAAGCGUCCGAUGAUCUGGUCUUCGAAAGAGCCUGAGACCUUCGUUUUCCAGACUGAAGACGAUGCCAGUGACCAUGCCGCGGUUUCACAAAAGAAGAAAGCUAAGAAAGCUCGAGAAGCUAAGCGCAAGGAAAAGAAGCACUCUACACCAGACGUGAUCAUCACCGAAGACGUUGGAGAUGAGCCUGACAUCUCAAUGCAAGGCCCUUCUACACCACAAAAGACCGAGGUCGACACCAACGUCUUAGAUAUCGAUGAGACACUGCAAUCUUUCUCGAUGGAUACCAAGACUGAAGGGAAGUUCGUCGACCUUAUGGUAGAGCCAAUUGCUAUGAUUCACGAUUCCGGUGAUGGGAUAUCGUUGGUGCCUCCGCCUGAAUCUAUGCCGAUCACAAAACAUGGCAAGCACAUGCAAUGGAUCCGGUUUGUACGCAAUCUUGUUGUUGAUCAACUCACCAAUCCAUAUUCGCCGUCGUGGAGUGGGUGUUCACACAGUAGCUCGUGUUCCUUUGAGAACAAUAACGUCCCGGAUUGCCCUUUCCACGAGCCUCGUGAGUACAUCGCACUUGCAAUCUUGACAGUGGAUAUUAACUUCAACACAGAUUGCACCUGUGUUGAUCCUUUGACAGACCAGUGCUAUUUGGCGAUGCCUUGUGUUGAGCUGUGUAGUACUGGACCGUUCAACCGCCUCCGUGGCGAGAAGCUGCUGUCACUAUAUGAGAAGGAUCAUCGAACAAAGGGCCGCUUGAUGCUCAUAGACGACGACCUAAUCAAUUACUUUAUGGAAGACCCUAUCAGCCGAUCGCGCAAUCGCAACCCAGACGGCGUGCCCGCGCGUCUACAGAAGGAGUAUGAUGACGUCAAGAAUGGAUACAAUCCCGGAACUCUCAUGGCGCAAGAGCUUCGUUUUGAGCAACUCUACGCUAAGAACGGUAUUAUGAAGCAGGAGCUUACCCAGAGUAUGCUACAGGAUAUCCAGCGCAACGAGUUCGAACGUUUGGAUACGAAGUACAUGUGCUAUUGUCGUGCUGCCUUACCGAAGACAGAAUCUUCAAAGACGGACAUUGUUGUCUGCUCAUAUCGCUUCUGUUCCACUGGGAACUUUCAUCGAUCAUGCAUAAAGAAGCUUGGCUUCGGCUUGGUGUCGCGGUGGUAUUGUACCGAAUGUGAACAGAAGAUGAAGGUACUCGCGCGUCAGACGUUACGCCGUUUAGGCUAUACCGAUAUUCCACAUGAGGGCCCAUGCUGCUAUUCAUACGGACUUAGCGCGGACAAGUUCGAAGAGAUGUUCGAUGAGAAAUUCGCGGAGAUGAUGAACUCAUUCGACAUGGACUAUCUGAAACUACUACCAGCCGACCUGAGGAACAAGGUCAAGGAGGUCGGAGGGUUCACGGCGAUGCCCAAAGAGCUCCAGCAGCAAUUCAAAGAGAAGGUGAGGGCGCUUGGCGAGAAGUUUAGGGCAGCGGACGUCAAGAUGCUCGAUUUGUAA